UGUGGGGAGGGAGGGAUGGCUGCAGCCUUUGGUGAGGAGGGCGGGCGAGCGGGCGAGCGCCCGCGCCCCUCUCGGCUGCCUCACAAGCCGGGGGCUGCCGGCUGGAGCCGCAGCCUUUUCCUGACCUCCGCUUUGGCUUCAGCGGUUGGGACUGAGGGAGAGGCAGCGCGUGAACCGUGACGCCCAGUGUCACAAGUGACCGUGUUAAUAAAAUAGUGAUAUAAUAUAGUUUUUUCUUCAUUAAAAUACAAGAGUCGUUGCUCCAAUUUGUGGCAUUUGCGGGUCCGGAGUCUGCAGUGGUGGGGAAGCUGGAAUGAGCUGGCUUUGGUGGAGUACAAGAAAUUAGUUUAGAUGCUGUAAAUGAGGAAUAAGUGAGAAGAAAUGGAAGAAAGGAAAAUCAAGAGGAGGAGCCCCAAAUCAUCCACUACUCACCCUGCUCAGGUUGCUAACUCCAAGAAAAGCUCAGUGCCCGCCAGUAAAAGUACAGCCUUUUCAAAUCCUGCACCGCAACCUACAGUACAAAAAACAAAGUUAAAACGAGUAAUAAAAGAAAAAGCCAAACCUCCAGGAGGGGAAGCAAAGGGGGCACAGGCAGCACCAAUCCAGCAUUCUUUUCUCACAGAUGUAUCAGAUGUCCAAGAAAUGGAAAGGGGACUUCUGAGUCUCCUGAAUGACUUCCACUCUGGCAAACUUCAAGCAUUUGGAAAUGAAUGUUCCAUAGAGCAGAUGGAGCAUGUGCGGAGUAUGCAGGAAAAGCUUGCUCGUCUCAACUUGGAGCUCUACGGGGAGCUGGAAGAACUCCCUGAAGAUAAAAGAAAACUAGCCAGUGACUCCAAUUUGGAUAGGUUGCUAUCAGAUCUGGAAGAACUGAAUUCAUCUAUACAAAAACUGCAUUUAGCAGAUGCUCAAGAUAUUCCAAAUAGUGCCACAGGCUGAGAGCACAGCUUUCUUGAUUUGGAUUCUCCCAGAAACUUUACUUCUGUUUUUCCUACCAGUGGAAUCUAGAGUUUUUAUUUUACGGAACAAAGAAUCAAAGUGUAAAUUCAGGUGUUUAUUUUUGCACAUUCCUCUUUGAGCAUGACAUUAUGUCAGGACUCAGCACCUAGAGAUUUAAUUAUGUUGCUGUGAUGCUAUGCUUUAUAUUAUCGCCUUAUUUAAUAUAAAAAAUUGGGGAAACAUGGAAGUACAUUUCUUCUGCUUGGUGUUCUUCAUAUGUCUAAAGUGAUAUAUGUAUAUAAGUUCACUAGUAUUUCUCCAAUUUUCAUCAAGGUAGCAGUGUUAUUACCUUUCUGAUUGAUAUGUAGACAACCUGCACACUAUCCUCAGUGUGUUUUGUUGACCAGUGAUGCCAUUGAGUUUUUAUUAAUUUAUUAUUAAUAAAAGAGAGACAUUUUAAAUACAUAAUGUGUUUUAUUUAGAGAAGUUAUCUGUUCAGCUAUGUUAAGAUAUGAAUUCUAGCACAGUCUGAAUGUUUGCAGACUUGACUUUUUCCACUACUUUGAAUAAUUGUACAAUGUCACUAAAUUAGAAUUAUCCUACAUGCUAGCAAUAAUUGGAUUAAGUAUUGUGAAAAAUCCAAAAUUGGAUAAAUGAAGUUACUGUUCAAUAAACCUAACAUAAACAAA